CACUACGAUCAUACAAUACGGUCGGGGCCCUUCUCCGAUCCGCUCUUUGUGCUUUUAUAUUUUUUUCUCAAUCAGUGGUUUCUAUAAACAGCUAAAAGAACCUUGCCUCCUGCCAAUGGAGAAAGGAACAGCUUCUAGCCUAUUCGUUAAUGAUGGUUCAUUUAUGGAGAGGUUCAAACAACUUCAAGAAGAGAAGGAAAAGGGUGCUAAAGUAGAAGAAUCUAAAUUGGGUCCACCUUUAUCAGGGCCUCAAAAACCUAAGCCUGUUUUUAGUAAUAGUGGCUCGGAGUCUAAAGCUAGUGAUUCUCGCAGAACAAACAAGUCUUCUUCAGCUGGCAAACUUGCAUUUAGCCUCAAACAGAAAUCAAAACUUGUGGCACCUGCUGUCAAAUUAAGUGAAGAUGAGGAAGAAGAUGAAAGUAUUGCUGGUAAUACAUCAGGUGAUGGACCAACAAAAAGGCAAAAGUUGGAGCAGCCUUAUGUCUCCGAGCAAUCCUUAAAACAAGUUUAUGUUGCAACACCAUGCCCAAGUGAUCCCACAAUAAAGAAGGUUGCAGAUAAGCUAGCAAGUUUUGUCGCAAAAAAUGGAAGGCAGUUUGAGCAUAUCACACGACAAAAGAAUCCUGGAGAUACCCCUUUCAAGUUCCUUUUUGAUGAAAGCUGUGCUGAUUACAAGUAUUAUGAAUAUCGGCUUACUGAGGAGGAGAAAGCUCUAACUUACUCUGUGGACUCCCAAACAUCGCAGCCUGCAGGAGCUGGAAAGAAUAAUGCAGCGAAUAGUUCUCAAAGAUCACAUCACCAACAAUCAAAUUAUCAGAUUCCUGCUUCAGCUUUAUAUGAGGCUACUGACAAUGAACACAUGACAUCAAGUGAAAGAUCUGGUUAUGGUGAAUCUACUGCCCCUUCAGGUUCAGAUCCGAUAGCAAUGAUGGAAUUUUAUAUGAAGAAGGCUGCACAAGAAGAGAAGAGGAGACAGCCAAAGCAUUCUAAAGAUGAGAUGCCACCUCCUGCUUCUCUACAAGGUGGUGGUAAAAGAGGUCAUCAUAUGGGUGAUUAUAUACCUCAGGAAGAGCUUGAGAAAUUCAUGGCAAAUUGCAAUGAUGUUGCUGCACAGAAAGCAGCAAAGGAAGCUGCAGAGAGAGCAAGGAUUCAAGCUGACAACGUAGGGCAUAGACUGUUGUCGAAAAUGGGUUGGAGAGAAGGUGAAGGACUCGGGAGUUCUAGAAGUGGCAUAGCUGAUCCAAUUAUGGCUGGUAAUGUGAAGAAGGAUAACUUGGGUGUUGGUGCUUCUCAACCAGGGGAAGUAACACCUGAUGAUGAUAUCUACGAGCAGUAUAAAAAACGUAUGAUGCUUGGCUACCGUCAUAGACCAAAUCCUCUCGGUAACCCCCGGAAAGCAUAUUACUGAAGAAUGGUGCAAGAUUGGUUAUAUUUGAAUAUGUACACAACUGUGGUAAUAUUGGUUUGCUUGUAAUUUGAGGUCACCUUUCAUGUCACUCGGUGCAUAUAUUUUGAACAAAGUGUGUGUGAUUUUCCAUUUUAAACAUGAUUUUACUUUUGCAAA